ACGGUAUUUUUAUAAACAUGUACAUAUAUAAGUUCGUGGAAGAUAAGAAUACACUAUCGGGCUAUCCUUCCACGAUCUACACCAUGAUGAUGUUAUUUCCCGCCGUGUUGGUGUCGCUGAUAGCGUUUGCGACUGCCGCCCAUCCGACUGUUCCUCAGGGUGAUCACCUCCUAGUUGUACUACAGGCUGCGCAUAGUAGCAAAACAUUUAAUCAAUUACCAGCGCGGGAACAGAUUUUUCUUGUGGAAUUGAUUGCAGCGGCGGAAACAGACACCGUCACCCAUUAUGUGGAUAGGGUUGGCUUCGACAGGCUUCUUCAGUUCCUUGAUCAUGUCAACCAAAUAAACCAGGUAGAAGCACAUCAGCUGGAAAAAUACCUGAUACAGGAGCUCGGAAUGGAAGAAACAACAACAGUGCCAGGGCUCGGUCGACGAAGUCUUCAAGAUGUUCUCAGUACCAUCACCAAUAACGCAGCAUUCAAGGCGCUAUCUACCGACGACCAAAACGUUAUGUUAGAUCUUGCUAAGGCGGCCGAGAGUGGAACCGCUACACAAUAUGUGGAACAAGUCGGAUACUCAAGGAUCCUCGCCUUGGUGGAACACAUUAUGGCACCGUCUGAAACUCACGUGUUCUUGCACUACUUGUCUACACAUAUCGCAACAGAGCUCGGACACAACCAUCAUCAUGGACCUGUUGUAGGUUGAUGAUUUUAGUUAUAUCUCUAUGAAUAAUAAAGAGAAAACAUGGUGUAGAA